UGGCGGCUCCGCUCCGCCCCCUCUCUAAUUGGGGUCACGCAGUCACCACGCUGGCGAGCUGCUGGGCCUGCUCCGGGCGCUGGCGGCGGCCCGGCUCCUCCCCUUUGGCUCGACGACAAAUUGAGGAGACUCGGGUGUCUGUGCCUCACCCCCCCACCAGGAGACCAACUGUUUAUGUCGCCGCUGGUAUUGAUGAAGUUCUCUCCGCCGCUUUCUGAUGACAUCAGAUCUCUGCCAUGUUGGUAUCCUAUGCGAAUGGCAGCAUUUCGUUCCCCUUGCCGGGCAACCAAAGCAACGGGCAAAACCCAGAGACCACAUUUGAAGUGUAUGUGGAAGUAGCCUAUCCUCGGACAGGUGGCACUCUUUCAGAUCCUGAGGUGCAGAGGCAAUUCCCGGAGGACUACAGUGACCAGGAAGUUCUACAGACUUUGACCAAGUUUUGUUUCCCCUUCUAUGUGGACAGCCUCACAGUUAGCCAAGUUGGCCAGAACUUCACAUUUGUGCUCACUGACAUUGACAGCAAACAGAGAUUUGGAUUCUGCCGCUUAUCUUCAGGAGCCAAGAGCUGCUUCUGUAUCUUAAGCUAUCUGCCCUGGUUCGAGGUAUUUUAUAAACUACUUAACAUCUUGGCAGAUUACACGACAAAAAGACAGGAAAGUCAGUGGAAUGAACUUCUUGAAACUCUGCACAGACUUCCCAUCCCUGACCCCGGAGUGUCUGUUCAUCUCAGUGUGCAUUCUUACUUUACUGUGCCUGAUACCAGAGAACUUCCCAGCAUACCUGAAAAUAGAAAUCUGACAGAAUAUUUUGUGGCUGUGGAUGUAAAUAACAUGUUGCAUCUGUAUGCCAGUAUGCUGUACGAGCGCCGGAUACUCAUCAUUUGCAGCAAGCUCAGCACUUUGACUGCCUGCAUCCAUGGUGCAGCUGCAAUGCUCUACCCCAUGUACUGGCAACAUGUGUACAUCCCCGUGCUGCCUCCACAUCUACUGGACUACUGCUGUGCUCCCAUGCCCUACCUCAUAGGAAUCCAUUUAAGUUUAAUGGAGAAAGUCAGAAACAUGGCCCUGGAUGAUGUUGUGAUCCUGAAUGUGGAUACCAACACCCUGGAAACUCCCUUUGAUGACCUCCAGAGCCUUCCAAAUGAUGUGAUCUCCUCACUGAAGAACAGGCUAAAGAAGGUCUCCACAACCACAGGCGAUGGGGUAGCCAGAGCCUUCCUUAAGGCCCAGGCCGCUUUCUUUGGUAGCUACCGGAAUGCCCUGAAAAUUGAGCCGGAGGAACCCAUCACCUUCUGUGAAGAAGCCUUCGUUUCCCACUAUCGCUCUGGAGCCAUGAGGCAGUUCCUGCAGAAUGCCACACAGCUGCAGCUCUUCAAGCAGUUUAUUGAUGGUCGAUUAGAACUUCUCAAUUCUGGCGAGGGUUUCAGUGAUGUUUUUGAAGAGGAAAUCAACAUGGGCGAGUAUGCAGGCAGCGAUAAACUAUACCAUCAGUGGCUCUCUACCGUCCGGAAAGGAAGUGGAGCAAUUCUGAACACUGUAAAAACAAAAGCCAACCCAGCCAUGAAGACCGUCUACAAGUUCGCAAAAGAUCAUGCAAAAAUGGGAAUAAAAGAGGUGAAAAACCGCUUGAAGCAAAAGGACAUCGCGGAAAACGGCUGUGCCCCCACCACAGAAGAGCAGCUGCCUAAGACUAUGCCGUCCCCACUGGUGGAGGCCAAGGACCCCAAGCUCCGAGAAGACCGGAGGCCGAUCACGGUCCACUUUGGGCAGCCACAAAGACUCCAUCCCACUCGACCACCGCCUCCCAAGAUACAGCGCUCGAGGCCCGUGCGCCCACCCCGUCCACAUGUUGUCAAGAGACCAAAGAGCAACAUUGCUGUGGAAGGCCGGCGGACAUCUGUCUCAAGCCCUGAGCAUCCUUGCAGGAAAUCUUGGGAGCCAGGUAUUAUGAGCUCUAUUUUAUAGAACUAACUGAGACUCCAAGAAGUUGUCACUGCCCUUGGUCACACUGCUAGUUAUUAGCAGAGCUGAACUUCAAACACGUCUCUCUAAUGCAAGAACCAAUGCUCUUAACCAGUCAUGUAAGAAGAUGUCUGCCCUGUAUUGCUAAAGAACUUUCUAAAAGAAUUGUACUAUUUUAUACACCCACCCAAACUGGAAUCCCCCAGAAAUCUGUGGAGCUGGCAUUAGACAUCCUCUGAACAAGGAAAUGCCCCACAGGCGUGUAGCUGCAUACAGCUGGUCAGAUCUAUACACCAAAUGCCCAAUCAAUGCUGCUGAGGACCCCAAGUAUCUGAUAAGCUGAAUUAUACCACGUGACCCAACCCCGGGACCCAGAAGAUUAGAAGAAGCUGCCAGAAGCAUUUAGUGAGUACUCUGCCCAAAGCCCAGAUCUCAGAACACUUGGCAUACAUCUCUCUUGACCAGUUGCUAGCAAAAAAAUGACAUGCUUCUUUGGCACGGCAGACAUACCUCACUUUCCUCUAUGCCAGUUGUUCUGGCUGUUCUUCACAACAGGACAGAGCCCCUUUCCCUCCCGCACAGCCCAGAGCUGCCCUGAGGGUGUGGGUCAGUCAUUUGGAUGGUGGCCUGGUACAUGGGCAGGACUUUGGCAUCCAACACUCUCAGGACAUCCCGCCACCAACCACCAGCCCUGAGGCUUUGGGCUCCUUGCCGUCUGCUUUUAACACUAUGAACAUCCCAAGAAGUGUGGUUUGGGAAACUGCCCACAGGAGCCAUAGUCACAUCCUGAGUUAGCAAAGAACAUGGCCUCCCCUCCUGCCUCAUCUCUGCAGCCACUGCUGUGGCCUCAGCACUCUGCCCCAACACUCCCCCUCCCAUGUCCACAAUCUCCCAAGAUGCUCCAGAUGUAGCACUGACCUACUCUGCUGCAGUUUUCCCUUUGCAUCUCAUGCCUGCACAUACACCAGUGGUCUGCUAGCUCCUCCAAGGCAGGAGCUGUGUGUCCUUUAGCUUUGACUCUCCCACUCCCAAACCAGAACCCAGCCUGGACCUCUGCUCAGAGAUGUUUCCUGAAUGAAUGAGCAAAGGAAUUAAUAAAGGAAAGUUCCACUUUUAGCACAGCACCCUGGCAAGGGGCAACUUCAAUUAACAGCCACAAAUAUGUAAAGAGCACCUACCAUGUGCCAGGUAUAAUCAGCACUUGAAUAUUAAACUGCCAGUACCUUGCCUUCCCUGGCCCCAUAAGAACCAGGAAUUGUGCUCAGCCCCAGGAGCAAACCUCUAUGAUGCCAGCUGAGCCCUGGGCCCCAGCAGGGAAGGGGCAGCUGUCCUGAUGCUACCUACUGGCAGGCUGCCAGGACCCACUGCCUGAGUGGCCAGGAGUCCAAACACCCAAGCAGAAGGUCACAAACCAAUUAGCAGGGCAAGAGGCUUCCGACCUGGUUCACACCCCCACUCCACACCAGUGGAUUCUAGGCCUUGGAGACAAAGCCAGCCUGAAGCCAGACAUGGAGCCUGAGCCAGAAUGGAAAAGCAUGAACUGCCAAGGAACCCGCUUCCCAUCUCAAAGCUCCCAUGAUCCACAGCAACCCAAGAAAAUGCAGGACCCUCUGGUUUCCAUUACUUCUCCAUGGCCUUGUGGAGGGAAGGACUUUUCCCAGGACCUGUCACCACAGAGAAAGUUCUUUACUGCUGGAAAACUGAGCCUUAAGGAUGCUGUAGAAAAGGGCCCUUGCCUCAAGAAGAUUUUAGUUGUCUCUGAAAAGCUUUGCCACCCCUACCGAGACCCCAACCUCUCACAGAUUCCGUGUCACCAUUUCUGAAGGGCACUUGGUUAACUUCCCUGCACCUCUGCCCAAAAUACCUUUGCCACCAGUUCAUUGUUAGUUCCACUCAACUACAAGGGAGCCAGAGCUGUAGCAGGUGGGACAGUACAUCCUGAAGCAGGUUGUGCACCCAGGGCUGCCAAAUCCCACGUGCACUGCUCUGUCACUGCUACCACUUACCACGGUCCCCAGAGUUGAAGGACAGUUUUUAUGCACAGUCCACAAAUGUCUCUUCUUGGUCAAGGAAAGCACCCCGAAGGUGUCCCCAUCCCUACCUUCCUUCCAGCACAGCCUAGAGUGUGGUCAGAGGAGCAGAGUCCAUGUGCUGUGCUCAGACCUCUCCCUGUGUGACUGUCCACCCGUGGCUUGGAAGUACUUCUCAAGACAUGUUGGGGCAUAGAUCUGGAACUGCAAGACGGGGGUUAGUGACUAUUGUUGAAUGAAUGAACAUGUAAGGGAGAAAUAAUUCAUCAGAUGCACCAGUGAAAGUCCAAAAGGCAUAACCCAGGACAUCCGGCCAGUAUGGUUUUCUGUUCAACUGCCUGCCACCCUGAGGCCUCAUGUCACCCAGCCUUGCCCAGGACUCUCAGUCCUUGUGCCAAUCCAAGGCCCCCACCACCUGCCCUUCCAACCCAUCCAGCCUCUUCUCUGAACUGUCCAGCCUGAAAUCACCUCCCUUGCUGCUCCUCAUAGCCACCUCUGGGCCAUUGAGCAGCUACUACAUGCUCAGGAUGAAAAGCUCAGCACCCACACUGCCUUCCUGGGGAGCCUGGGCCAAGAUCCUCUGCACAAAAGCCCCAGCUCUUACACUGGGCCACUCAGGAAGGAGCUUUAGUCCCAGUCCAGAGCUUCCUCUGGGUCCUGAGCCAUGCUGGUUCCUCCAAAGACCUUCAGUAUUACUUCAGAGCCUUUUUCUAUUCUUUUACUUACCACUAAGGGUGUGGUCUGGAGCACCAGCCCUGUAUCACAGUCCUGGAAAAAAGCCAACAGAAUUUCCAGACAAGGCUUCACAGAUAAUUGCCAUGUGCUGAUGUGCCCAGCUGAGGACCAACUUGGCCCUGGAAGGCAGGGACCACCAGUACCCAGCAUCCGUUGGUUAGCAGGUAAACAUGUCACAUGGGUGGAAAGUGAGUGUUUGCUUUGCACGAAGCACUCUGCUAGGCCCUCUGCAAGUAUUUUCAUUUGACUUUUACAGUUCAUCUUUCAAAAGAGCCGAAAACUCCAUUUCACAGAGAAGCAAUUGGGGUCCAGGAAGGUAAAGUGACUUUUCCAAGGUACCCUGGAUAAGAAGGAAUGAAAAGUGGACGGGCUGGCAUUGGCUGGGCAGACAGAACCUGGCCUCAUCCUAUGGCCUGUCCCUGCUCAUCACCCCACCAGGGCCAUGUCACCAAGGGGUGAUGAGUGGCCAAGCCAUUUACAAUAUGAAGACACUUUGUGCUGGAGUGAAACGAUCCUUUAAAAAAUGAUCACUAGCUCCCCUUCAUUACCUCCAGAGACCGAGUCCUGGCUGAUUUCUUCCCAUCUUUAUCUCAAGUACAUUUAAAUGUCAAUUAAAUUUGAAAUAUCUACAUUUGUCAGCAUUUCAUUUUGGGCCAGCGUGACGUGCUGCUGAUUUGUCCACGCGAUGUGACACAUGAAAAAAACUCUCGAGAUGCAGAUCUUCCUCAUUAAAAAAUAAGCCAGUGCGAUCCGGGUGCAGCAGAGAGCACAGAGCGCCUCCCCGCUUCCUGACGCCGUGUCUCUGACAUGGUAUUUAAAAAGGAACAGCCUCGCCUGUCACCACUGUCACACGCGCGUGCUAACUGGCGACACGUUAAACCAAACAUUAGAAAGGGCUCAGGAGUCAUCUGCAUGGGAACUCUGCGCCAGCGCUGUGGGCAGAGGCGGGGGCAGCUGUGGGGGCCGCUGGGGUCCGAGCACUGAUGGACAGCGGGCUUUUCUUUUGCGCUGAGACAUCAGCAGCCCUCGCUGGGGAGCCGAGUUCGCUGUGACCUGCCUUUUCAUAGAAGCCCUUUGUGUGUAAUAAAAUCCAGGCAAGUGGUGGGUGGCAGCCUGCACGGUAGUAGCUGAAUUGGGUUAAUGAGGAAAGAGGUACACUUUUUUUUUUCCAUAUUCUGCCUUAAGCUAAUAAAAAAUUUAAACCUGGACGUUUUCAAUGGUUCAUCCUUUAUCUCUGACAAAUAUCUGACUGUAUGUUUCAGGGGGGAACAUGAGCAGCUGAAUUUAAAUAAGUUUAUUUUGAAAUCUUACCUUUCAUUAAAAGUAGAAGGGGAAAUACCCUACCUCUCACUGCAUUGUUUCAGAUCUGGGAAACUGAAGAGGUAGGAAGACCCCACAGUGGUUUAGAGUCAAGCAAAUCCAGAUUCAGUUCCCAACUCUGCCUUCAGCUGCUGUGUGACUCCAAUAAGGAGCUCCCCAUCUCUGGGCCUUGACUUCUUUGUCAUAAGGAAUUAGUGAAAAAUUGUAUGCAUAGCAUUUGGCUUAUGAAUUCUUCUAGGGUCAAUGUGGUCAUCCAUGUAUCCUGGACAUGACAAAGCUCUGACCUGUCCAAAUCACAUGGUAAGGUUCAUCCAGGUGCCUUGUUGCUCUUGAGAGAGUAGUCUCCUCCAGAGACACCCUGAGCCACUUGUCAAAGCCACUGCCCCACCAGUCUGGCCCAGCAAGAAAGCCAGCUGCAGGAAGAAGCUGCUUAGUGGGCUGGAAAGCGAGGCUCCCUCUCCUCCUGCUCCUCACUCAUACCUGUGCCAGAGACACCGGAUCUUGACUAUGACCUACACAGCAGCAGCCUGACUUAACGGUGAUGCCAAGACCCGUCCAGCACAAAGGACUUUGUUCUUCUGUGAAUCCAGAAAUUCCUGGCAGGUUUAGUGGCCUUCAGCUGACAUACCAGUCUGUGAUCUGUGCUUUCCUGUCAAAGUCAGAGGAGGGGCCUUGCUCAGGUGGGUGUUAGAAAGGCAUUCACAGUGGAUUCAAGGGCCACCUGAGAACCUCAUUCCAUUUGACCCAGAAUUACUGGAGAUUAAAUACUAUCUAUGAAGCAGCAAGAUGCGCAGCCAGGGAGAACUAACUCUGUCUAAGGAGAAAACUCAGCUGGGAACUCCAGGGAGCUUCCAGGGGCUGCCAUUUGGGCUGAGUCUUCAAGAUGGAAGAUCAGUGCACCAUGUGGAGACAGAAGGGCCUAGUGACAAAGGGCACAUGACUCAGAAAUGGGAAGUCAGUUGAAGUAUGCUGGGAGGGCAGAGGGGGCCACAGGGGUGGGCAAGGCCACAUGCACUGACCUCCCCUGCAUGGAGCCAGGACUUGGCACUGCCUAAGGCAGCCCUCACCCACAUACACCCAGCACCUUCCACAAGCCACCCAGAGUGAGGAGGCCUGCUUCCCCCUUACCCUCGCCUGCCCAGGAGCAGUGCUAUAUGGGGAGAAAGAACGGGUCCCCUAAUUUUUAAACAGAGCAUCCUGCAAAUGUCUGAAUAUUUUCAUUCAAUGAAUUUACCACAUAACUCAUUACAGCAAAAUUGUAGUUCAGAAUGGCAGAUUUGCAGGUUUCUGAGAAAGAGAUACAGGGACAGCAAUUCACAGCAGGGCUCUGGUGACCAAGUGAAGGUGGCCCUUCUGCUAUGUGCAUUCGCUAUGGAGCUGGGGUGCUCCAAGGCUGGUCUGUUCAUGCUUCUGCCAGCCAGGUCCUCCUCCUGCCCUCUCCACUGAGACCACAGCAAAGUACUCUCCCAGGUGAUACCCACUAUAGUCUAGGAAUGGCCAAUGUGUGUCCCAUCCCUCUCAGCCAUGGAGUGGCCUGGGAGCUUAGGGGAGCCGAACAGCGUGACCUGCCCCUUCCUGGUGUCUGACCCUGGGCUAGCAGCUUCCCUUGUUAAGCUUCAACCUCCACUUCAGUUUAAGGACAAAACUCUACCCAGCCGGCCUGCAGGGGUGAUAAGAAGAAAUGAGGGCACAGAGCUGAAAGGCUUGGUGGCUUUGAAUGACAACCAGAUUAGCACCAGCGAUGGUGGGUCGCAGCACAGCCCAGUCCCAGCACUCGCCUGGACAGCUACCGCCCCUCCUUUACCCUCCGGCUGUAGUUCUCA